UCUUCGGCAGGACCGGGUUCUGUUCUCUGGCUGCCUGUUGCAGGGCUUCCUCCGGCCGGGAUCCUGCGUCCAGGAGACUCGGAGUGGCGCCAUGAGCCGCCUGGGCUCGGUGCAGCGGAAGAUGCCGUGCGUGUUUGUGACGGAGGUGAAAGCCGAGCCCUCGGCCAAGCGGGAGCAUCAGCCAUUUAAAGUUUUGGCAACCGAAACACUAAGUGAAAAGGCGUUAGAGGCAGAUGUGUACAAUGCCAUUGCCACAGAAAAGGUGGAUGGGACGUGUUGCUAUGUUACUAACCACAAAGGUCAGCCAUACCUCUGGGCUCGACUAGAUAGAAAACCUAACAAGCAAGCUGAGAAAAGAUUUAAAAAAUUUCUACAUUCAAAAGAAAACUCAAAAGCGCAUCUGUGGAACACAGAGGAAGACUUCCGGCCUGUCCCAGAGUGCUGGGUACCAGCAAAGGAAGUAGAGCGGCAGAAUGGGAAGCCAGUACCUGAUGAGAACGGACACAUUCCCGGCUGGGUCCCAGUGGAAAAGAACAGCAAGCAGUAUUGCUGGCAUUCUUCUGUGGUGAAUUAUGAGUUGGGAAUUGCCCUGGUCCUACGGCACAAUCCUGAUGAGCCUGGACUUUUGGAAAUCAGUGCCGUGCCCCUGUCAGAACUUUUAGAGCAAACCCUGGAACUGAUAGGAACGAAUAUCAAUGGAAACCCAUAUGGGCUAGGAAGCAAGAGAUAUCCGCUGCACUUUCUCAUACCACAUGGAGCCUUCCAAGUAGAAAACCUGCCGACCCUGAAACACAACGACUUGCUGUCCUGGUUUGAAGACUGCAGUGAGGGUAAAAUCGAAGGGAUUGUGUGGCACUGCGGUGAUGGCUGUUUAAUUAAGGUCCAUCGCCACCACCUGGGUCUAUGCUGGCCUCUUCCAGAUACUUACAUGAACUCCAAACCAGUUAUUAUUAACAUGAACCUAAACAAAUAUGGCUAUGCUUUUGAUAAAGAGUGUUUGUUUAGUCAGUUUUCAAAAAUAGAUAAGCAGAAAUUUGAUAGGCUCAAAGAUAUAAUAUUUGAUGUAUAAAAUGUA